GAUUACAUGUUUAAAAUUAGAGAGAAAUAAGGUUUUUAUAAGAAAUAUGAAAAAAAGCCCGGAAAAAAUAGGCCUGGAUAGUGUAAAUUGCUCGGGAUAUGUUCCAGUUGGAGCAAGACCUGGAUUUUCAGUAUUAAUGGAGCUUACAAAGCCGAGAUUAACAUUUCUUGUGGUUCUUUCUACAAUGUCAUCGUAUGCACUUGCACCAUUUCCGGUAUCAUCAAUAUCAACACUGAUUUUCCUAUCAAUCGGUACAGCAAUGUGUUCAGCAUCAGCAAAUGCGUUUAAUAUGAUGCUUGAGUCAGAAUAUGAUGCGCAGAUGUCAAGAACUCGUUAUCGUCCUCUUGUGCGUGGUGUUAUUUCGCUUCCAUCUGUUUUUUCUUUUAUUUGUAUAACAGGAACACUUGGUGCAUUUUUACUUGUAUGGGGAGUUAAUACAGCUACAGCAUGUCUGGGUGUUAUGAAUAUUUUUCUAUAUGGAGGGGUUUAUACGCCGCUUAAGCGUAUUUCUAUUAUAAAUACAUGGAUUGGAGCAAUAGUAGGAGCACUUCCACCUCUUAUGGGGUGGUCAGCAAGUUCCAAUGGAGAUCUUUUUAGUCAUCCAGGAGGAUGGAUUCUUGCGUGUAUUCUUUAUACAUGGCAAUUUCCUCAUUUUAAUUCACUUUCAUGGAACCUUCGACAUGAAUAUGCACGUGCAGGGUAUCAAAUGAUGUGUGUUACAAAUCCAGCCUUAAAUGCACGCUUGGCUUUGCAAUAUAGUUUCUUAUGUUUUUUAUUUUGUUGGGCAUUACCUAUUUCUGGUUUAUUGGAUUCAUUUUAUUUAAUUGACAGCGCUAUUGUAAAUAUAUUUAUGAUAUCUUGUUCAUGGAGAUUUUAUAGGCAUCAAACUGAAAAAAAUGCGCGAGAACUAUUUUAUGCGAGUCUUAUUCAUCUUCCGGCCAUUUUUUUACUUGCAUUAGGUCAUAAAGUUGUCACUAUAUGGUUUAAAAAAGAAAAUACUAAACAAACGGAUCCUGUAUUAUAAUUACCAUUUACAAUUAUUCGUUUUCAAAUCAAAAUAUGUUAUAA